AGUUAGUUAUUGUUUGGAAAGGAAACUUGCUUGGCUUCGGAUCACGAUGACUUUCUUCGCCAAUUCUAAGUACAAGUUCCUGCCUAUUGGAGAGGAUGGUGCCAUCGAAACCGAACCUUUUCUGAAUGCUGCUGCCGAAGUGAUCCCGUUCUUUGAUGUACUCGGCUCAACAGCAUUUUCGCCGGUCAAGUCCGACAUCAGCGGCAAUAUCUCGAAACUGCGGAAGAAGUAUGAGGAGAAUCGUGAGGCGCACCACACUCUGCAGAUGAUCGUCGACAGGGAAAUCGAGGCCAAAACCACCAAGGUUUCUAACUCUGCCACUGAUGCGUUGCUUUGGCUAAAGCGAGCGCUGGAGUUCAUUCUAGUGUUCCUGCAGAAGGUUAUUGAGGGCGAGCAGGACUUGACCAAGGCUGCCAAUGCUGCCUACGCCGCAUCACUCAAACGCUAUCACGGCUGGAUUGUGUCCGGCAUCUUCUCUUUGGCCAUGAAAGCCGUGCCGUACCGGGAGGACUUCAUCAAGGCGCUGGCCAAGGGCGCUAGCGAAGACCAGGUGAUGGCCGACAUGGCGGCGUUCAUGGGCGUCUUCGAGCCCAACGUGCGCACGAUCGGCGAGUUCUACAAGGCCAAGGGAGUGGACUCAGACGCCACCGUGUAGGAUGUACGUUUACCCUGUAUGUGGAUAGAACAUUGUCAGCAUUCAGUGCCACCACCGUCGCCGGCACUGUUGAUAGCUUCGUAUUGAUGCUGCCGGUAGCGGCAGUAUUAAACAGGGAAAUAUCUCCCUGUGAUCGGUGGCGCAGUCUGGCCGUCGUGCUGGAGACAGAGUCCAUGCUAGCCAUGCCGCUCUACCGGUGCAGCUUUAUUUUAUUCGAGUCUCUCUCUCACACUCCCUCUCUGUCUCUCUCUAUCUUCUCUCUUUCCAUGAUCUCCGGCUUGCGCAAAAAGCCAGUGCUGGAGAAAUCCACUGCCAGGCGUAGUAAAGCCGUCCUUUUAUGCACAAUCCAACCCUCUGUGCACUAUUUGGCAAACAUAUUCUCAGCUCGCUCUGCUCACAGCAGUCUUUGAAACGUAGCCAAUGCUUGUUCAGCCACACAAUCAUGAUGAUAGGAUCAUGGUUGUUGCUUUGACUGCACUGUUGCUUAUUUCAGCUAUGCCUUCAUUUCCCGCUGGAUAUAUCAUUAUUGAUUCGAUACGGUUUACUUAUGUCCAUCUUACUCCUCUUUCUCUCGUACGUAAGUUAUGGACAGUGUUGUUAUUUUCCUCAUGCCACUCUCCAUCGCCCUCAUCUGUAGCUUGUGCGGGCAAGCUGAAAUUUCCUUGCCGCCAUGUUUCCCCGCUUUCUGUGCAUGGUUGAAAAGCAACAAUGGUCACCACUGUCUCUCUGUUACUUCAAAGUAGAUAAGAUGUCUUGCUAUCAUAAUCAAUUAUUUGGAAGCAGGCCAACUGGUGCAAGUGCGUUACAUGCCCUGUACAGAUACUCACUUGUUUUGCCUUUGCUGAGAGCGUCCAGAGUAUCAUCA